AUGGCAACCCCGGUGGCAAGAUCCUUUCUUCAGGUGGCAGCGACAGAAGAGGUUGCUUCCCCUCUCAGAGUUGUUCAGAUCGAGGGAUUGGUUAUUUUAAAGAUAAUCAAACAUUGCAAGGAGUUUUCACCGGCUUUGGUCACAGGGCAGCUUCUGGGAUUAGAUGUUGGCAGUGUUCUCGAAGUUACUAAUUGUUUCCCCUUCCCGAUUCGAGAGGAGGAUGAAGAAAUUGAAGCUGAUGGCGCCAAUUACCAGCUUGAGAUGAUGAGAUGUUUGAGAGAGGUCAAUGUUGACAAUAACACUGUUGGAUGGUACCAAUCAACAUUGUUAGGUUCUUUUCAAACCGUGGAGCUUAUUGAGACAUUCAUGAACUACCAGUUAAUUGAGAGUGGGCAAGCGAUAGGAAUGUAUGGCAAAAGAAAGGUGCCUUGGUUGCAUCAGGUUAAGGAUUUAAGCAGCAAAGUGGUUAAUGCUAUAAAAAGUACUUUUGUCUGCCUUAGUCCUGAAAAAUUGGACUCCUUGAAGAUUACAACUUCAGCUCAUGAGUCUAGUCUCAAGUUUAGAAAAAGGGCUGUCCAAGGCAUUGGAAAUAAGGGUGAUGGUGGUGUCAAGGAGGCAAUAUCAUAUUCAAGGGUGAAAAAUAUUAGGCGUUGUGUGUGUAUAAUCUAUGAUCCAUUGAAAUCCAAUCAAGGCGUUUUAGCACUCAAGGCGUUGAAGCUUUCUGAUUCAUUCAUGGAGCUUUACCGCACUAACAAUUUUACAGGAGAGAAGUUGAGGGAGAAAAAUCUAUCAUGGGUGGAUAUAUUUGAAGAAAUACCGAUCAAGGUUUCCAAUUCUGCACUUAUUAGUGCCUUUAUGACAGAGCUGGAAGCUGAUACACCUGUUGUCCAGUGUGAUUAUGAUCGUCUGCAAUUGUCAACCAGUCCUUUUCUGGAGAGGAAUAUGGAAUUUCUUAUUGAAUGCAUGUACGAUUUGUCAAUGGAACAGCAGAAGUUCCAAUACUAUUAUAGAAACCUGUCACGUCAGCAAGGCCAACAGCAAGCAUGGCUUCAAAAGAGAAGAGCGGAGAAUAUGGCACGAAAGGCCACAGGAGAAGAACCUUUACCUGAGGAGGAUCCUUCAAACCCUGUAUUUAAGCCACUUCCUGAGCCAUCACGUUUGGAUAGCUUUCUCAUAACAAAUCAAAUCUCAAACUACUGCAACCAAAUUAAUGGGGUUGCUGGCCAGAGCUUCAGCAGAUUAUACUUGACGAAGGCUUUGCAUGAGAACUGA